AAGACUACAGUUCCCCGCAAUACUGACUUGCAACUUCUUUCGCGCUUCGAGGGGCUAUCUUUCUAUGGACACUUCCCACAUCAAGUGCUACUCCUCAAAGAUCUAACAUGCAAUAGCUCUUUCUAUGCGCGUUGGGAUAAGCAGUAUCUGCCAAGCUCCCGCUCCGCAAUCACUGACACUGAAACCGGGUGUGAUUGGCAGUUGGGCGGGUCGAGCCGGGUUGAUGCCGAGAAAAAGAGGAGCAACACAUCAACCGAUAGAGAGAUCAGGUCCGUGGAAGCUGUGUAGCAAGAGAUAUGGUCUUAUUGCCUUCGGCUUGGGUGCGCACCUGUUCCUGGAUAGAGCUGGAACAACAGGAUCGAGGCUAUCACCAGCGAAAGAAGAUUCUUCCGCCCAUGAGUCAGUGAUAUCGGCAACCGCCGACGCAAUACUCCGUACACCAGGGGAAUUGGAGAAUUCAGCACAGACCUUCUCUAGUCGUCAGCAGCGCUCUUUCUGACUCGCGUUGACUAAUUCUACCCCUGUUGUGACGUUAUGAUUGGCUCAUCGGACUAUCCGAGUCGGACCUCCGACACUAAGAGGGUCGCCUCGGUCACUCGCGG